CGAUUAAUGGGGGUUUGUUUCUAAGACGGAGCUACUUCCAGUAUGGCGGCUCUGAGCAAAAAAAAAAAUGCUGAAAAUCUAGUCCUAAUUCUAAAUUCUUAAUUGACUGUUCUGGACUGACUAUGGUGUUGUCAACAUUCAGAUGUGCAAAAGCGCUGCAGAUUACCCUGGCUGUAGUUAAACCCGAUGCUGUGGCCAAUCCGGUCAUACUUGAGGCUGUCCAUCAGAAAAUUCUGGAGAACCAGUUUUUUAUUGUGAGGAAUAAAGAUUUAAUUUGGAGAAGAGAGGACUCUGAGAGAUUUUACGCAGAACAUGCAGGAAGAUUCUUCUACCAGAGACUAGUUGAAUUCAUGUCCAGCGGGCCAAUGAGGGCCUAUAUUUUGGCCCGAGAGAAUGCGAUUGGUCACUGGAGGGAACUGAUGGGGCCCACGAAAGUGUUUCGAGCUCGUUACACAGCGCCAGAGUCCAUACGGGGUGUCUACGGACUGACAGACACCAGGAACACAACACAUGGCUCAGACUCUGCAGAAUCUGCCACCAGAGAAAUCUCCUACUUCUUCCCAGACUUCAACAUGAAGCAGUGGAUUGAGAAGGAAGAGCCCCUAUUCAGGGCAGGGGACAUUGUCUAUGAUGAGCAAAAACAAGUUCACACUGCUAAAGAAGGUCUUUGAUGAGAGCUGUGUUUCUCCUUCCGCUAGCUAUCCCAGGUUCAUGUAUUCUCUACAGCUGGAUAUGAGGUGGGGAAGGAACCAGAGAUAAUCUGCUGUAUUCAGGCAGUAAUCAACUGUGAAUAUAAGUGAUGUGUUUGUUCAUUAACCCAUCCUGUGUGAACAAGGGUUAGUGCUAUGAUUGAAAUCCAUUCUACAGGUGACUGAAACUCAUUCAAGCUGAUCUAAUUACUUGAUGCUUUUUCGCUGUUUUUAUAACUGCACAUUUGCCAAUACAGGUACAAUGUUAAAGCAUUGCUACCCAAUGCUUUAAAAUCCAUCUGCUUCCCUUAUUAUGUUGUGUUGAAAAUGUCAUUUAAGUGAAAUGUCCCAGUUUGAGGGGCACCCUACAGGUAAAUCUGAAACGGGUGUAAUAUGAUUAUAGUAUUGUUGACCCUUAGUAAAUUAAAGUUGUGCCUUAUCACUGCAGCACAGUGGCACCAAUAUCACCCCUGCUCUUGGUUUAUGCUUGUUUAUUUGACCUUAAUUUACAAGUUACUUCAUGGUACCUGAUUCCUUCCUGUUUUCUUAGGCAGAUUUACUCCCAAGUGCUGCAACUGCAAUUGUAAAGCAUUGGUUAUCAGUCACUUACUGUAAGAUGUCAUUGGUUUUCCUAUUGCAACAUUCAGUUGUACUAAAAAAAAUCCAGAUCAAUUGCAUGACAUGCGUCUUCUAGUCUGUACAGCCAGAUGUGGCAGAAGAUUUGAUGUUUACAGCUCAAAUAAAAAGAUGAAGGUAACCGUG